UCGCUACCAGGAAGGGUAGAAAGGACUCGAUCGAUGCGUGACUCUGUCUGACGACGUACACCACGCAACAGAGACGGGUAGAGAGGAGAAGCAAGGGGGAACGAGAUGGAGGGAACACGAGGAGGAGACACGAAUCUCCCCUUGGUAGAGAAAACACAGUCGUUCGUAUUCCAUCCGUGCGAUCCUUCUUCUCUCUCUCUCCUCGUCUCAUUUCUCCUCAUUUUCGCGUGUUCGAACGAUAAUAAGAGAAUUUCACUCAACAAUCCUACGAUAUGAAAGAGAUUUACCUUGUGCAUCCUUUCUGAAUAAUUUUUUUUUAAUCAUCUGGACGAAAGAGAUUAGAUGUGGUAAGAUAGAGACUGUUUAAUUUCCUUCUUCUUCUUUUUUUUUCUAGAAAAUUUGUCUGGAUUUGGAUUUUUUAAAAUCCAAAGGAGGAGUGUCGAGAGAAUGUUAAUAUUGUUGUUGGAAAGAUAUUUUGAAACUGGAAUAAAAUGGAAUUUUAUUAUUGGGUCAAUCGAUGAUGAUGGAGAGGAGGAUGAUCGACCAGAGAUAACUAUUGGAUAAGAAUUACUGUUGUCAGCGAUCUUUGCCCACUCAACGCCAAUCUUAAUUUUCCUCGAGGAGCUCGAGUUUGAUUCCGAUUGAUGAUUCGCCGUAUUUUUUCUUGGGAAAUAAUAAAUAGGUCAGAACGAUACGUUUGGUUGGAUCAACGAGAAUGGAUUGCUUAAAUAACAGUGACAUCAUAGCAAUUAAAGUAGCAGAUAAAUCUUUCUCAGUGACGUACAAUUAGCAUCGUACGAAAAUUUAUAAUACAUCGUUACUUUUUCUUCCAUUCGAAAGCGAGAACAAUUUUUUUAUCGCUCCGUGAUAUCUCGAUGGAGAUAUUAACGUUUUCAAUAAUGGAUCUCAAUCAAAAUGCCUUGUUAAUCACCAAUUGAUUCAAAAUUCUCACAUUUUCUUGUUUCAAUUAAACCCUCGAUAAAUAUGGAUCAUUGGAAUCGAUGGAAUCGUACGGAAGAAGAAUCGCUGCUCGCGAAUCACGUUACGAAGGCAAAUCGAGAAAAUCAUCUCCGAUUAUUCCGCUAAAUGCUUUCCUCGGAGCGGUUUGAGAAUCGAGGUAAACGGAUGAGAAAACAGAAACCUUAGGAAAUAAGUAGGCGUCAAAUAACAGAGGUGAAGUACAAGACGAGUAAAACAGAUACACACAAGGUAAUCCACUGUUGGUUUCAAUCUCGAGGGAGCGAUCGAGAGGAGGAAAGUUGCGCUUCACGAUACUUAGUCGUUUUUCGACAAACCGCCGGCCGUAAAUUUUACCAACGUCCAGAUAAGCGGUGCAAAAGUCGGUUAGAAAGAAUAAUAAAUCAGGAGGAUCGUAUAAAUCGAUCUAGGUAAAAAGAAAAAUUUAUUCAACGAGAUAAAGUGGUUUUCGUAACCGCUGCAAAGGUUAUAAAGAUUCUUCUCUCGAGUUAAACGAAAGAGAAAAUGGAGAAAAAUGUACGAUUCGAUCUGUUUGCUUCCUGUUCCUCUUCUUCAAUCAUCUCGUUAUUUCAUUCCUUCACUCUCGAUCUCCUUCGAUUUCGCCAACCUAUAGAAUCGCGAUUCUCGAAAAACCCGCGAAAACGCAACCCCAAUGCCGGAAACGGGGCUAGAAGGCAUGGCGAUCGAUUAAACGUCGGCGCCUGCCAAACCUAUCCAAAACAUCCCUCGUUUCAAUCGUACCGAACUGAAUCCAUUCCGAAAAAAGACGCAACCUAAAUUCUUAAAAUCUCUCCCUCUCUCUCUCUCUCUCUCCCUCUCUAAAAAAAAUCAGCGUAUAACGAACCGAGAAAUCCGGAUGCAACCUAGGGAUAACAAAAACGAAACGACGAACGAAAGAUCGUCUAAAAUCUAAAGUGUCCACGUUGCGCAGAGGGAAACAGAGCGCGGGAUAGAGAGAGAGAGAGAGAGUGGGAGUUGCGAAGAGGGAGAAGAGAAAGGUAGGGGGGAUAGACGGAGUGAGAGAGAGAGAGAGAGAGAGAAAUGGAUGGAGAAGGUGGGCGAGAGAGGUAGGAGAGAGCGAAAGGAGAGCGAGGAACGAGGGUGUUGGUUGCGAGUCGAUAAACCACUGGAAACGCGAGCACCCUUGCGCACGGCUUCAACAUGGCGGUCGGUGAGUCCCAUUCCCUUUUUCCUCGGACGUUCUCGGCCAGGUAGAGAGCGAGGAGAAGCGGAGUCGGUGGUCGUCUUACAACCACGAUCGAUUCUUCGCCGCUAGUAGUAGUUUUUCUUUUCUUUUUUUUCCCCUUUUCUUUCUUCCUUCCUUCCUUCCUUCCUUCCUUCCUUUCUUUUCUUCCGCCUGCUUCCUCUCCUCCCCUCGUUCUCCUCUCGAGAAAAUGAUCUCGCGAGGCCGAUGAGCGUCGCGGCCACGCGGAUCGCGUGCUCGUGCGUGUUGCGGGUACGUGUGCUACGUGUGUGCGUGUCGUUGCUACUACACCCUAAGCGCGCGAGUGCAACGAGGAACAAUUUUCUUUUUUUUCGAACGUGAACGGAACGUAGAGAGAAAGGGAGAGGGAGAGGGAGAGGGAGAGGGAGAGAGAGAGGAGCAUCUCGAAUCGUGCGUGUGUGCGUUUUGGUUUCAGACGAGGAUCCGAUAUGCGGCUCAGGGAGGCUGUCGUCUCGAUACCGCUCCAUCCUGGGGGAUUGAACAACAAUCAGUUACGUAGGAGCGAGCAGAGCCAGCCGAUCACCGAGGAGAUCGCGAAUCGGAACGAGACCUCGGCCGCCGACUCGGUCGCGGCGAGUCGGAUCAACGCCGAUUUCGUGGCGGAGGUCGGCCAGGAUUUCCGCGUCGCCGAGGACACCAGCACGUGGUCCUCGAUCGCCAUCACCCGCGAGAAUGUCCAGAUCGAUACCUCGGCCAACGACGCCAACUUGAACAACAAUCUGACGGUACCCCGGAUACGCAGGAACAGUUCUGUGGAAAGUUUGGCCGAUUACGAAGGGCGUAACUCCUCUCACGAAGAUUCGUCCCACGAGUUGACACCGUCCGAGUGGUCCGACUGGUCCGAGGAGGGAAAUCUGCCCGCGGGUUGUCGCGGUAUCGUCAACCCUAAUUAUCCUGGCUUUCAACACUUGGCGCCUUCUCUUCUGUCGGACACAGAUCUGACCGAGGACGAGCACGAGAGCUGCGAUUACACCAGGCUGAACGACAUCGACGCGAGACCGGCAGAGAACGACAACGAGUACAACAACAACGUCGAGGAUAGCAUCAAUCAUUUGUGCGGGCAGAGGAACGAGAGGAAAAUAUUUUACGAGAAACCUAAAUUCAAUAUACAGACCGUAACGUCUUUAUACGAGUCGGUGGUGCCGCCAUCGGAGAAAUGCAUAAACUACGUGAAAAGCGUUGAGGAUUCGAGAACGGAGGAAAAGAUCGUGACGCCGAAAUCGGACAUCGUGAACGACGUGGUCGAGGCGGAGACGCAUCUCACCGUUCUAGAGCCGGAAGAGGGCCUCGCCGACACGGUCGCGGAGAACGCUGCGGAAUUGUCGGAGGCUGUGCUGGAAGAGAAGCAGGAACGGGAGAUCCCGGUCGAGGUCGAGAUCGUGGAAUUGACUACCAGCGUGAAAGAGACCCUCCAGUUUCCGGAAAUCGAGGAGAUACCGGACUCUGGGAAGACGAGCGAGGUCGGUGAGACGGAGGAUAUCGUGGUGGAGCACAUCGACCUGAUACGCGAGGCAAAGGAGUUGCCUCACCAGACCCGUUCCAAAAUAGGCAACCGUCAGACGGUCACGUCGACCGGCUCGGCCGACGACGACUCGGAGAGCAACACCGACACCGACAGUUACCCGGAGGAGCAGCCCACCUACACCAAGCUCGAGGAGAUCGAUCUCCUCUCGAGCAUCGGCCGUGAUAUCGGCCUCGAUCUCGAGAAGUACGUGCAACCGGUGCCGGACGUGGUCGCGAUGGAAGCUGUGGACCCGCUCCACGCCUCCUCCAGAUCCUCCUCCUCCUCCUCUAUGAUGAAGGACACCAUCGAGGACACGAACAAGCUGAUGGAUCGCGAUCUUCCCGAGGCCUCGAGCGCCGACACGAGGAAGAAGGAGAAGAUGGCCAGGAAUCAGGCGAAACGCAGACAGCAACAGCAACAGCAACAGCAACAGUUGCAGCAGUUGAGGGCGGCGAACGCUCAGAGGCGGCCCGACAAGAGGAGAGCCGACGCCGACAAUGGACCAGGCGGCUUCGAUGUCUACAAUAUCGAAACAGCGAUGCCGAAAAUCGAUCUGGACGCGAUCGAAUCUCAUUUAAGAGCUGCACGCGAAGAGGAACGACGGCGACGAAACGAUCGUGAAGAGAUACGAAGGAGGUUGGCCAUGGGUCCAGACGCCGAAGACUUGCGCGCUGAACGCGGAAGAAAGCCGAGCCUUCAGUCGCGGCUUCAGAGCGGGAUGAACCUUCAAAUCUGCUUCAUGAACGAAACACCCUCGGACACGGAAUCCCCGUGUUCGGAGACCGACUCGUCCCCAGGAUCCACGCCGACCUCGCUCAACUCGAAGCAACCGCAGAAACAGCAAACGCCGAUCAGACCUCAGGUGCUCAGCCUUCCACCUUUGAGGCUGGACACAGGCUCGAAUUCAGCCCCGAUCGACGAGGCCGAUUUCUUCGCCAGACAGGCGAGAUUGCAAACCGAGGCACGAAUGGCCUUGGCUCAGGCCAAAGAAAUGGCCCACAUGCAGAUGGAAGUGGAGAGGCAAAGGCUGAAACAGAGUCCCAUCACCGAGAUGGUGCGAUCCAGCCUCGAAAAAGUUGGCGUUCAGCUCGGCGAGGAUAGGCGCAGAUUGUCACGAGUACUUUUAACGGAGCUAAACGUCGCCCAGCUUCAAGUGGUGGCGAACGACUUGCACGCGAGAAUCGCAGCUCUGAACGAGGCGCUCGUCGAGGGACUUUUGAGAAGGGACGAUUUGCACAUGGAACAAGAUUCGAUGCUCGUCGACGUCGAAGAUCUCACCAGAUAUCUCUUCUGCUGCGUUCACAUGCACAGAGGUGCCAAGCAGGAGUCGUUGAAGAAGAAGCAGAGCGCGAGGGAGCAGCAGCAGCAGCAGCAGCAGCAGUGCACAGGGAGCAGAAGUCAUCAGCAGGCCAACUCGGGUCAGAACAAAUCGUCGAUCAAGCCAAAGCUGACGCACCGUGGCCUGGUCUCGUUGGUGAGGAAAUAAUGCCUCGCCACGAGACUGCGUGGUCUCGUCGGAAAUUAAGCGGGAAGGUAGCGAACAGCACCGAGAGGACGCGAGCAAGUAUAUAUAUUACUUAAGAUCUGCUCGAUUCGAUCUGCCGAACUCUCGCCCCGUGGUCGAGGAAUGUCAGAUUUAUUCGGUCGAAUUCGAGUUGAACAAUUCGGUUCCGGUAUUCUGGGACCCCCUCCCUCUCGAGAGGAAGGGAACGAGAUUUAUUCGGACGAAAAGAGAUUAUUAUUCCAAAGGAAAUGCAAAUAUCUUGCAAAUCUUUCGAGCCAACGGUAAGAGAAAAUCGAGUAAUCUUCGUCUUGUCUUCGCGUGGGAAAAAAGAAAAGGGAAAAAAAAAAAAAAAAAAUGGAGCAAUAUUCCGCCUCUACUACGGAGCAGAUACAAUCGUUUUUUCUCCCCCACUUUUAGACGGGGGGUUCAAAAAUAUACAUACAUAACGUACACGCAGCGAAGAAUCCUCUUUCUUCCUGCUCGGUUGUUCGACAGGGAAGAAGGGGAUCUUUUUCCAAAAGUUUUUACAGCUUCGUCGUUAUCAAGAUGGAAAGUAGAGUAAUAAUAACGUAAGCGUACGUGUGCUCACGUUCAUGUGUAUUAGGACAUGCGUAUUGGUUGUGGAGGAUGAGACAAAUCGAUGGGAUUAUUAUUAAGGAAUUAUCGAAAGGUUUUGAGAUUAUCAUCACCCGUUCAAAAAGUCGGAUAUUAUAAAAGAUUCGUAUACGUUCUGAAAUUUCUUCUUAUCUAUAUAUAUAUAUAUAUAUAUAUCUAUAGUUUCGCCUUUUUUACUGAGCUGUCUUGUAAAUAAUUUUUACCAACUUCUAUCUAUUUAAGAUCAUUGUCUUGCAUGAAUGUAAAAUUCUAAGAUCUAUUUGUACGAGAGUAAGACUUAGUGUCUUAAUACUUAUGAACGAGAGUAUACGUGUAUAUAAUAUUGAGCUGUUCAAGAAGUUCGCGGUACAAUUCUUCUUUUUUUUUUUUUUCUUCUAAUUCCAAACAAUUGGCACAAAUUCUAGAAUAUUUACUCUUUAAUAAAAAUUUAAUUAUUCGCCUAAAUUCAGUUGUUCCACGAGCUCGUGGACAAAUUCCAUUCUCUUCUUAAUCGAAUACACGGCAUAACUUUUUUAGUACAAAUCGUUAAAAACGUUCUUACGAACAUUCUUGAACAAAUCGAUACAUAGCCGAACAAAGUAGCAACAAGCAACAAGUACCCUUACUCGCCCUCCGAUAUUAGAUCCGAUGGGGACGAGUGAUGCGACAAUAUCAUAGCAACAAUCAUUUCGCAACGAUAACGUUAUCCAAUUCAGUAACUUUCCAAUAGAAUCCGGAUUAUCAAUCUGUGUGAAUCGUAAAAUAUUCUCCAAUAAAUCAAUUAUUCUUGAUCGUUACUCCCUAUAGAAAACUUUAGUUUCCAAUAUACCAAGUUAUUAAUAAUCAUUUUCUAAUUGUAAUAAAUAAAUAAAAUAACAAAAAUAAAAAAUAACAAUCUAAUAAGGAAGAGAUUCUAAUGACUUAGAGGAUGAGAAAAUCUUUUCAUUGAUUUUCGACAAUUGAAUAAUUUCAAUUAGAAACGCCAUCAUUGCUCGCCAUCGUCGGAUCUUGACAAUCCCGAUCGAGACGAGAUGCGAUCGAUUCGUCUUGUUGUCUAUGUAGCCGAUAACUCCCCCCUCCCCCCCCUCCCUCCCCCCCCUCCCUCCCUCCUCCCCCCUUCCGCUCUGAUUAAAUCUUGCGGCCAUGCAUGCAUGUGUUCCCCCGAGUGUAUCGCCUUUAUAUGAUAGCAUUGUAAACGGUAGGCCAGAUCUCUUCUCUAUGUUGUAAAUAAACGAAGCGGAUCAGCAGCGGAAAGACUCGCGAGAGAUUCGCGAGUCUUCAAACUGCACGCGUUCUUCCGUCGCCAAGCAUACGCAAAAAAUGGUUCUUUGUUCUCUCCACAGUCGAUGAUGUCUCUCUUUCUCUCUCUUUCGACGUCUUCUGAUCCUGAAAACAAAUCGAUCGCUCUAAUAAUUCUUUAUAACCACGAUAUUUUGACGACGAUAUAACGAAACGAGAUCGUUAACAGUGAUUGUGAUCUUCGAUCUCUGAAUUUCAUAAAAACGUGAUACGAUUGAAAGAAAAAUCAUUAUUCAAUUGAAAUAUUUAUAUAUAUAUAUAUAUAUAUAUAUAUAUAUAUAUACUGUUAAAUGAAAGAGAUAUUGGAAAGAGAUUUGAAUCGCAUGGAAAAAAUGAUGUACAUAUAAAAAUUUUGAAGAUGAAAACAUAUGAAUAUAGACAGGGCGUUAUAAAGGAUUAACGAAUAAUCGAUUCGUACCUGAUGGAACGAACAGGAAUCACGAUGGAACGACGUCGAUGCGUGUGAUUUUUUUUCAAGUUGAUUGGAUCCUUGCCUUGGAUAUACAAUCGAUUCACCGAAAUCCUGUUGAAAAAAAGAAAAUCUCCUCCCUUUCGUGCUUGAUUGGAUUUCGUCCCGUUUCAAUCCGUGCAUCGAUACAAAAUAGAAUGAAAAAUCGAUGGAGGGAAGAAAGGAAGAGAAAAAUUGAUAAUAAAAAGUUCAAAAGUUCUUUUGGAGAUCGUGGCGCGUUUCGGUGAGCUCGUUGUAUCGAAGAGGAAGAUUAUUCUUCUUUUUGAACUGUGCCGGUUACGAUGAAACAGAGAAGAACACAAUUGUAAAGUUCAAUUUUAUUUAUAUUAUCCAUAUAGUCAAUCCAUGAUCUUUUUUUUUUUUAUUUCUUUUAAAAAAGAGAAACGUUAAUGAAACGUAAUGUGUAAUAUCGUAAAUUUAUUAUUUCGUAAGUAAAAAAAAAAAAAAAAAAAAAAAA